CUGGACUACAAUCGGACACUGGGUUUAACGCACAUAAAGCGCAGCAAACCCAUAAUAAAAGUUUACAUGGGUGGCGUUAGUUGUGAUAAUCAAAUUUCCAACAGAUUCUAGCUUCAGUAAUGUGACUUUGUAGUGCAGACCGCCGGUGAAACGCACAGGCUCCAACGCAGCGGAGAGAUGGUUUUAGAUGCAUCUCGCCCUGUGGUGGGGAGAUAGGCUUUCCGCUACCUUCUUCAGCGCAUGUCAUUGGAGACUUAAUUAAAUAGACGGCAGUUCAGUGAGAGUGGACGGUUUGCUGAGUUGAUUUGACGCAUUCAAACAGCUUCGAACACUCAAGAUGCAUGUCCGUCUCUAUUGGAUUAUUUUCGUGACGUCUUUGGCUCCAUCUGAUCUGUCGAGUCUGCACCCAGACUGCGAGUAUAUAUUACAGCUGGAGCGAGAGGAGCGGCAUUGUCUUCAAUACAUCACAGAGCACGACAACAACCACAGUACACUAGGUUGUCUACCGUUCUGGGACUCUGUGGUGUGCUGGCCAUAUGCUGCGGUUGGGGAGAUGAUCAACACAACCUGUCCUGCUGUCUUCUCUUUUUGGGGGAAUAACACAGGUGCAGUCAGCAGAAACUGCACCAGCAUUGGAUGGUCGCGACCCUUCCCCCCGUACCACACAGCCUGUAGUGGGGACGACGACGUUCACAUUCCAGAGGACUCCUACUUUGCCACUGUCAAGCUGAUCUACACCAUCGGCUACGGCACCUCCCUGGUCUUCCUCUCCAUCGCCGUGGUGAUCCUGUUGCUCUUCAGGAGGCUUCACUGUGCCAGGAACUAUAUUCACAUCCAGCUGUUUGUCACCUUCAUGCUGAAGGCGGUGGCUGUGUUCAUCAAGGACGCCACACUAUUCGCCAGCGACGACACCAACCACUGCACCCUCUCCACCGCAGCCUGUAAGGCAUCAGUGGCCUUCUGUCACUACUGUGUCAUGACUAACUUCUUCUGGCUCCUGGUUGAGGCCCUCUACCUCAACUCACUGCUCCUCUCCUCCUUCCACCACUACCGCCGCUGCCUCUGGGGCUUUGGCCUGCUGGGCUGGGGUGUACCCAUCGUCUUCACAGUCAUAUGGAUUGGGUCCAGGGUGUAUUUUGAGGAUACUGAGUGA